AUGGCCCCGUGGCUGCAGCUCUGCUCCGUCUUCUUCACGGUCAACGCCUGCCUCAACGGCUCGCAGCUGGCCGUGGCCGCGGGCGGCUCCAGCAGAGCGCGGGGCGCCGACACCUGCGGCUGGAGGGGAGUGGGGCCGUCCGGCAGAAGCAGUGGGCUGCACAACAUCACCUUCAGAUAUGACAACUGCACCACUUACUUGACUCCAGUGGGGAAGCACGUGAUUGCCGACGCGCAGAACAUCACCAUCAGUCAGUAUGCUUGCCAUGACCAAGUGGCGGUCACCAUUCUUUGGUCCCCAGGGGCCCUUGGCAUCGAAUUCCUAAAAGGAUUUCGAGUAAUAUUGGAGGAGCUGAAGUCAGAGGGAAGACGGUGCCAACAACUGAUUCUAAAGGACCCGAAGCAGCUCAACAGUAGCUUCAAAAGAACUGGAAUGGAAUCUCAACCCUUCCUGAAUAUGAAAUUUGAAACGGAUUACUUUGUGAAGAUCGUCCCUUUUCCUUCCAUUAAAAAUGAAAGCAAUUACCACCCUUUCUUCUUCAGAACCCGCGCCUGCGACCUACUGCUACAGCCAGACAACCUGGCCUGUAAACCCUUCUGGAAGCCUCGGAACCUGAACAUCACCCAGCACGGUUUGGACAUGCAGGUGUCCUUCGACCACGCGCCACACACCUUUGGCUUCCGUUUCUUCUAUCUUCAUUAUAAGCUCAAGCAUGAAGGGCCCUUCAAACGAAAGACCUGUAAGCAGGAGCAAAAUACAGAGACAACCAGCUGCCUCCUUCAAAAUGUUUCUCCUGGGGAUUAUAUAAUUGAGCUUGUAGAUGACACUAAUACAACAAGAAAAGUGAUGCAUUAUGCCUUAAAGCCAGCACACUCCCCGUGGGCGGGGCCCAUUAGGGCUGUUGCCAUCACUGUGCCUCUGGUUGUCAUCUCGGCGUUUGCCACCCUCUUCACUGUGAUGUGCCGCAAGAAGCAACAAGAAAAUAUAUAUUCACAUUUAGAUGAAGAGAGUUCUGAGUCCUCCUCGUACACCACGGCACUCCCCAGAGAGAGGCUCCGGCCUCGGCCGAAGGUCUUCCUCUGCUAUUCCAGUAAAGAUGGCCAGAAUCACAUGAACGUUGUCCGGUGUUUUGCCUACUUCCUCCAGGACUUCUGCGGCUGUGAGGUGGCUCUGGACCUGUGGGAAGACUUCAGUCUUUGCCGAGAAGGGCAGAGAGAGUGGGUCAUCCAGAAGAUCCAUGAGUCCCACUUCAUCAUCGUGGUGUGUUCCAAAGGCAUGAAGUACUUUGUGGACAAGAAGAACUACAGGCACAAAGGCAGCGGCCGGGGCUCCGGGAAAGGCGAGCUCUUCCUGGUGGCUGUGUCCGCCAUCGCUGAAAAGCUGCGCCAGGCCAAACACAGCUCCUCAGCCCAGCUCAGCAAGUUCAUCGCCGUUUACUUCGACUAUUCCUGCGAGGGAGAUGUUCCCGGCAUCCUGGACCUGAGCACCAAGUACAAGCUCAUGGACAACCUUCCCCAGCUCUGUUCCCACCUGCACUCCCGAGACCUCGGUCUCCCAGAGCCCGGGCAGUGCCCCGGACAGGUGAGCAGAAGGAACUACUUUCGCAGCAAAUCAGGCCGGUCCCUUUACGUCGCCAUUUGCAACAUGCACCAGUUUAUCGAUGAGGAGCCCGACUGGUUUGAGAAGCAAUUCAUUCCCCUCCGCCCUACCCCACUUCACUACCGGGAGCCAGUGCUGGAGAAGUUUGACUCGGGCUUGGUGUUAAAUGAUGUCAUGUGCAAACCAGGGCCUGACAGCGAUUUCUGCCUCAAGGCUGAGGCAGCGGUCCCCGGGGGGUCUGGGGUGCAGGCCGACUCGCCCUCGGAGGGCCAGCACUUGGGCCUGGACCAAGAGGUGGAGGUGGGGCCCGGGUCCAGCAGCGGCUCCGUCCUGCGCCCCCUGUUGCAUGUGGUGAAAGCCUCCAGCCCCUCAGAUAUGCCCCGGGACUCGGGCAUCUACGACUCAUCCGUGCCCUCCUCGGAGCUGUCCCUGCCCCUAAUGGAAGGACUCUCAGCAGAUCAAACAGAAACAUCUUCACUGACGGAGAGCGUGUCCUCCUCCUCUGGCCUGGGUGAGGAGGAUCCUCCCGCCUUCCCUUCCAAGCUCCUCGCCGCUGGGGCAUGCCGAGCAGAACCUGGUUGCUGCAGCUACACUGGUGAACUCCAUGCGGUCGCCCCUUUGUAACAAAACGGAAGAGUCUACGCAUUGCCACUUUAGCUGCUGCCUCUCUCUGGUGCCCCAGCUCUUCUGUCUGGUUGAGCAAUCUACUUGGAGCUGAGGUCUCCUACAAGGAUAUUUGGAGUGAAAUUUGGGCCAGUACUUGCUCUCCUUGCCCAUCCCUCUACCUGAUAUCUUGGCAAAGUAUCCAAUUUUCUAAAACCAUAUGGAUCUCUGGAAGGCAUGUCCAUAAGGUUUGACAGCAGCUGGUCACAUUAGGUCAGACCUUGGAUUAGAGCCAAUUCUGGGAGGUCGGGAGGAAAUAUGCACAGAGAAACAGGAAAAUACCUACACUGCUUCAGACCUUGUCCAUUCGCUGUUGGCUACUUUGAUUGGAAAUGCUUUGUGGAAGAAGCACUUUUAGUACCACUACAGCCACAGAAAUCAAGUGCCAGUCUAUCUGGAAUCCAUGUUGUUACAGAUGAUGUUCUUGUCUGUUUUGGGUAUAGAAUUUAAAAUGACAUGGAUGUUUAAAAAGCUCUGAGUCAAAGGUCAAGGAGGUGACUGUAUAUCGUAUCAUCUUUCAUAAAGUGAGUCUUUAUGUAUUCGUGGGCACCAUGGCAGGCUGAGGUGGGGGCUGCAGGGUCAGGCAGAUCAUCUAGACGGUUCUUUCUGACAUAGGUUGGUCAAUGACCAGAAAGCGGCAAAACUCAGGACACUGGACUGCCUCUUGGUUUGAGUAGGCAUCGUGUGGGGGCUGGAUCUGCCUGCCAAGUUUCCCUGGGGGUUGCAUUUACUGCCCAGUACCUCAGAUGUUGCUGCCUGGAAGUUUAUUUUUAAAAGACUAAUACCCAACUGGCUGUGUUACUGAAAGCCGGAGUUCGUGCUUCAUUCGGCUUCUGACCGAAAGCUGUGUCCAGAAUAUUAGGAAUCAGAGUCCACUGAAAUACGGCGGCCUGUGCAGGUGGCAGCACUGAAUCUGCUGAACUGGUUUUGAUUGAUGAUAAAUCUCAUUAUAAGAAGGUGGAAAGAAGACUGUCACAAAGAUGAGUUUGCUCUUCUAAUAUCAUCUGAAGAAGACAUGAGACCUGAAGUCAUUCAAUUCUUGAAUCUCAAAGUACUCCCCCCACAACCCAGCCUGUGAAUCGUGUUUCACUGUGUGUUUCUGUUGUUUUUAGCCAAUGAAAGAUUGGUCUCUUGUGCUUCUACCAAAAAUAGGUAUUUAGAACUUAGGAGGAAAGAAUUUACUUUAAAAAGGAAAAGUAAAUGUUCUGUUUUUAAUGAAUGAUGUUUCUACAGAAUUUCUCUUUCCAAAGGGAGAACAGUUAUUCACAUCCUGCUUAUCUGUUAGCAUGUGGGUAAUGAUGUCGUGGUCUCUCAUAUGGAAUCCCUUCUCCCCGGGUCCUUCAGGAGUUGUGAGC